ACAUCGAAAAAGCGAAAAAUCUUUUUAGACGCCGAUGACAACGACGAUUUUGAUGACGAUGAUUCCGGCUCUGAUUUUGAUGACGAUGAAGAUCCAGAUCAAAUAGAAGUGCCCGGUGGUGGUCGUGAUCUGAAUACUGCAGUUACCUACGCGCAAAAUAUACGCAGCGGCGUUGGCAUCAACGUUGCCCACAAGCAAACGAACAGCGGGCCAAGUGGCAGCAGGAAUAGCGCCAGCAGCAAUAUAAGCGAAGCAUUUCUCAAGCUGGGCAACAAUAGCAGCAUUAUUAACAACAACAACAUCAACAGCAGCAGCAACAACAACGUUAGCAGUAGUAUCAGCAGCAGCAACGUUAACAACAACAACAACGUUAUUAAAGUGAAUAGCAUUAGCAAGCCAAACUCCUUGCUGUUGAGCAAUAAUAUCAACAGCAGCAGCAACAACAAGAUUAUCAACAACAAUAGCAAUAGUAGUAGCAAUAGCAAUAAUAAUAUUGCCGUGUUGCGACCAACAAUUGUGACGCACACAGCAAAAUCAGCAAUUGCGGGCGGCAAAUUUACAGCGCUGCCAACAACAAUAACAACAAAAGUCGCUCUUACGGACAAGAGUUUAAACAACAUGCCAAAGAAAUUAACAACGGGAGCAGCGGCUGCCAGCGGCGCCAACAACACACGGAUCGGCACAAAUGGCGGCUACCCUGGCAGCAGCAGCAGCGUUGGAGGCAGUGGUGGCGGCGGCGGCGGUGGUGGCAGCGGCAACAACAGCGUUGCCGGCUUGAGUGCAGCCAGCGCCUAUUUGAACAGCGGCGCCGGCAACUACUUGAACAGCUUGAGCACAAACGAUCUGAUGAGCCUCGCCGCCUAUGUCGCCUCCAAAGGAUCCUCAACGAAUAGUAACAACAACCUGAACAGCAGCAGCAAUAGCAACAACCUGAACAACAACAGCACCAGUAGCUUUUUUAACAACAGCGGCGGCGCCUCAACUUCAGCCGCCUCUGCCGCCAAUUUCAAUAUGGCCGCGUCUUUAUUGGCGCAGAUGAGCUAUGCGGGCGGUGCCACGCCCAUGCGUACGCCUUUCAAGCCGCAGCCGGUGGGCAUGGCAGCCAGCGUUGCUGCCGGCGCCACAGCUAAGAGCAGCAGCGCCGUUGGCGGCGCAACGCCACAAGCGGCAGCUGCAGCCGCCGGCGGCGGUGGCGGCGGCGGCAUGAAGGUUAACACCAUGAUGCUGGAGAAGCUGCAGAAGCUGAUCUCGUUGAAUCCGGAGUACUUGACCAGUGGCAUACCCAAUCAUGUGAUGACGCAGCUGUUCAUGCAGCCAAUGCGGCUGCCGCAGCAGCAACAGCAACAGCAGCAGCAGCAGCAGUUGCAGCUGCAAAAUGCGGCUGUGGCAAAUGCAAAUGCGGCGACGGCAGCUGCGGCGGCUGUCUAUGUGCAGCAGGAGGAGGACGAGGUUGACUACGAGGAGAUGGGCGUGGCCGAGACAUAUGCCGACUAUUGGCCAGCCAAACUGAAGCUGGGCAAGAAGCAUCCGGAUGCGGUCGUGGAGACCGCCUCGCUGAGCUCCGUGGAGCCGUGCGAUGUCUACUACAAGCUGUCCAUACCCGCCGAAACCAUCAACAGCGGCCAGCUGAGCGCUCUGCAGCUGGAGUCCAUCACGUAUGCGUCGCAGGCGCACGACCACCUCCUGCCCGACAACAGUCGAGCGGGCUUCCUAAUUGGCGAUGGCGCCGGCGUGGGCAAGGGUCGCACCAUAGCCGGCAUCAUCUACGAGAACUAUCUGAAGGGGCGCAAGAAGGCCCUCUGGAUAUCCGUCUCCAAUGAUCUCAAAUACGAUGCGGAACGCGAUCUCAGCGACAUUGGAGCCACGCGCAUCGAGGUCCAUGCGCUCAAUAAGUUUAAGUACGCCAAGAUCAGCUCUGACGCGAACAACAAUUGCAAACGCGGCGUCAUCUUCAGCACUUACUCGGCGCUAAUUGGCGAGUCGAACAACAAGACGGGCAAAUACCGUUCGCGCUUCCGCCAGCUGCUGCAAUGGUGCGGCGAGGACUUUGAGGGUCUGAUCAUCUUUGACGAGUGUCACAAGGCCAAGAAUCUGUGUCCCGUCGGCUCGGGCAAACCCACCAAGACAGGCCAAACGGUGCUCGAGCUGCAGCAAAAGUUGCCCAAGGCGCGAGUUGUUUACGCAUCGGCAACAGGCGCCUCCGAGCCCAAGAACAUGGCCUACAUGGUGCGGCUAGGCCUGUGGGGUCAGGGCACAGCCUUUGCCACAUUCGGGGACUUCAUUACAGCCGUAGAGCGACGCGGUGUCGGCGCCAUGGAAAUCGUCGCCAUGGACAUGAAGCUGCGCGGCAUGUACAUUGCCCGUCAGCUGAGCUUCAAGGGAGUCAGCUUUAAGAUCGAGGAGGUGCCGCUCUCCAAGGAGUUCCGCAAGAUCUACGAUCAGAGCGUCGAGCUCUGGGUGGAGGCGAUGCAAAAGUUUACGGAAGCCGCCGAGCUGAUCGAUGCCGAGAGCCGCAUGAAGAAGACAAUGUGGGGCCAGUUCUGGUCAUCGCAUCAGCGCUUCUUCAAAUACCUCUGCAUUGCGGCCAAAGUCAACCAUGCGGUGCUCGUUGCCCGCGAAUCCAUCAAGUACGGCAAAUGCGUUGUCAUCGGCCUCCAGUCGACGGGCGAGGCCCGAACUCUCGACCAGCUCGAACGCGAUGACGGCGAACUAACCGAUUUUGUGUCCACAGCCAAAGGCGUCUUCCAGUCGUUUGUGGAGCGGCAUUUUCCAGCGCCCGAUCGCAAUCGAAUCAAUCGCAUUUUGGGUCUGUACGAUGAGGUGCCAGCGAUCAAGCAGGAGCCCCAUCAGACGCUCAACAACAACAGCAGCAACAACAACAACAACAACAACAGCAGCAGCAGCGUUGGCGGCGCCAGCAGCGGCAUUGGCGGCAGCAGCACCGCCAGCAGGAGCAAUCGCAGCAAGCGCAAGGGCAGCAGCUCGACGACGAGCGGCCGCAAGCUGAAGAAGAAGAAGCGCAGCGGAUCGUGGCAAUACAGCGACAGCGAUGAGGAGGCGGCGCACACGUCCAGCGGCGAUUUGGACAACAACAGCGACGAGGCGGCCGACAGCGACGAUGCCUACAAUGAGGGCAACGAGGACAACAAUGAUGACGACGACGACGACGACGAGAACCGCAACGAUGACGAUGACGACGAUGAGGACGAGGACGAGGACAAGCAUGAUAACGACAGCGACAGGCACAGCGUUGCGAGCGACUGCAGCUCCGAUUUCAAUCCGUUCUUCAUCAGCGGCAGCGACAGCGACGUGGAUCCCUGGGUGAAUGCGCGCAGCAAAAAGACCAGCGCCAAGAAGACCCAAAAGAAGGCCAAGAAGAAGAAGGGCAAGGAGGCGAAGUCCAUCAAGAAGGAGCCCAACACAGCCACGUCGACGAGCAGCAGCAACACCAACAACAACAACAACAACAGUAGCAAUAACAACAACAACAAUGCAGCCAUGUCGGCCACGGUUGUCGCCGCAUUGAAUGCGGCCAAGAGUCGCAAGCCGCAGCAGCUGUCCACGCAGGACAAGAUCCAGGAUCUGCUGCAAAAGAAACAGGAGCUGAAGGGCACGAUGACGCCGGUGGGCGUGAAUGGAGUGAAGCUCAACUAUGGCCCGCCGCCGAAGGAUGCCAUCGAACGGGCGUGCACCAUGAAGGAGGAGCUGCUGCGUAAGAUCGAACGUCUCGGCUCGCGACUGCCACCGAACACAUUGGAUCAGCUGAUCGAUGAGCUGGGCGGGCCGGAUAAUGUGGCCGAGAUGACGGGCAGGCGAGGUCGCGUUGUCCAAAGUGACGACGGCUCGAUCCAGUAUGAGUCGCGCACCGAAUCGGAUGUGCCGCUCGAGACGCUCAACAUAACGGAGAAGCAGCGCUUCAUGGACGGCCAAAAGGACGUGGCCAUCAUCUCGGAGGCCGCCUCCAGUGGCAUUUCGCUGCAAAGCGAUCGACGCGUCUUCAAUCAGCGACGGCGCGUUCAUAUCACAUUGGAGCUGCCGUGGUCCGCCGACCGGGCGAUCCAACAGUUUGGCCGCACGCAUCGCUCCAACCAGGUGAAUGCGCCCGAAUACAUCUUUCUCAUCUCGGACUUGGCCGGCGAGCGACGUUUCGCCUCGACGGUAGCCAAGCGACUGGAGUCGCUGGGCGCUCUAACGCACGGCGAUCGGCGUGCCACCGAGACGCGCGAUCUCUCCCAGUUCAACAUUGACAACAAGUACGGCCGGCAGGCUCUGGAGACGGUCAUGCGCACCAUAAUGGGCUAUGAGACGCCGCUGGUGCUGCCGCCCACCGACUACAACGGCGAGUUCUUCAAGGAUAUUGCCGGCGCCUUGGUCGGCGUUGGCAUCAUUGUCAACAGCGAGAGCCAUCCGGGCGUCCUUAGCCUCGACAAGGACUACAACAACAUAUCCAAGUUUCUCAAUCGCAUCCUCGGCUGCCCCGUGGACCUGCAGAAUCGUCUCUUCAAGUACUUCACGGACACCAUGUCGGCCAUCAUCAAUCAGGCCAAGCGUGGCGGCCGCUUCGAUCUGGGCAUUGUUGAUUUGGGCGCUGCCGGCGAGAACGUGACCCGUGUGCGUCUGAUGCGCUUCAUGCGCAAACAUGCCACAGGCGUGGCGCCCACAGAGCUGCACACGGUGCGCGUGGAACGCGGCAUGAUUUGGCAGGAGGCCAUUGACAAAUAUGCGGAUCUGUUCAAUGAGCACGAGGGCUUCUACACCUCGCAUCAGUUGCGCAAUCAGAAGCGCACUGCCAUCCUGGUGGUUGUCAUCGAGCAGCAGCCGGCGGCUCGCAACUCCGCGGAAGCUGACAGCAGUGGCAGCAGCAAGGCGCAAAAGAAGAAGUCGCGCAGCAAGAAGGAGAUCAUGUGCCAGAUCUAUCGGCCCAAUACUGGUUUGCAGGUGCGCCACGAAUCGCUCGCCGAGCUGGAGAAGAAGUAUCGCAAGGUGGCCAGCGAGGAGGCCGAACCGCAUUGGACGGAACAAUAUGAUGCUUCGGUGCAUACCUGCUCCCACGCCUACUGGAAUGGCAAUUGUCGCAAUGUCAGUCUGGGCAACGAUUGCGAGGUGGGUCUACGGCAGCGUCUCUAUCAUGUAUUGGCCGGAUCGGUGCUGUCCGUGUGGGGCCGGGUCGAACACAUAUUGAACACGCGCUCCAAUAGCAAAAUGCAGGUGAUACGCAUGAAGACAACGGAGGGCGAGAAAAUAGUCGGCACUAUGAUACCAAAGUCAUGCUUUGAGCCGCUCAUGAAUGAUUUGCGCAGCGACUCGGAGAAGCAGGAGGAGUUCAACUAUUAGAAUACACUUAACUUCCGCACUUUCACUCCACGCAUCCAAGUGUAAAACCCCAACCCAGGCGGAAAUCCACUUUGGACUCGUCGCACUUCAAAACAUUUCUAAGCCAAACCCAGAGAAAUGCAGAUAAACGCAAACAAUAGUUAGAAGAAGUUAGGAGAGUUAUCUAACUUCUGCUGCUGUUUUUCCCCCACUUCAUAAUUUACUUUCCUUAUGUUGAUGACAAAUUCUAUGUAAUUAGUUUUUAAACUUCGCAUCCUUACAUAAGUCAGUGUAUUUUAAGUAGAAAGUUGGGUCAAAAUUUUUUAAUUUUUGAAUUCUUUUUUUUUAUUUUUAUUUUUAUCACCCGCACACAACAGCAAAAAGGACAUGAAAAAGGAAACAGAAAAAGAUGUAGUGAAAAGAAAACAAAUGAAAACGCUUAUUAUAUGGACUUUUCUUAAUGAUUUAAAGAUUAAUUAAUUUAAUUAAAUUUAACAUUUAUAUGCUA